AUGGCUACUUCAGAGGAUGAUGGGGGUGAACCAAAAUUUCCUGAGCCACUUUUCGUAGAAGAUGAAGAGGAAGAGCACGAGGAUGACGAAGAGGUAGUGGAAGACAAUGAAUUGGGAUGCAGUGGUGACGAUACAGAUUCAGAUAGUUCAGAUGAUGAAUUCAGGAAUGUGCUUACCUUAACAGCUGAUGAGAUACGAGCUUUAACGUUUUGCAGUGAGUCUAAUGCAUACACAUUUUACUGUGCCUACGCGAAGGGAAAGGGAUUUGUGGUUAGAAAAGAUGCAUGUGAACGAGAUUCUAAUAACAAAGUUGUAAUGCGAAAAUUUGUAUGCAAUAGGGAGGGGUUAAGGGAACCAAAGUACUUCAUUAUGGAUAGGCAAAGAGCCCACAGAAGCCUAACCCGCACUAACUGUCAAGCAAGACUCAGGAUACGGUACGAUAACAAGAAAUGCCAAUGGGGUGUGGUGGGGUUUGAGGAGAAACACAACCACGAACUUACCCCGUCGGUAUAUGUCCCUGUGAUUAAUGCUUACCGUACAAUUAGUGAAGGAGACAAAGCUCAGGCAGAAAGUCUUCACGCAUAUGGUGUCAGAACCUGUCAUAUCAUGGGUUAUUUGACGGCACAGAAGGGGGGAUAUUCUAAAGUAGGAUUCUUGAAAGAAGAUCUGUACAACUACUUCAGUCGCCAGAGACAUAACAGAGUCAAAGGUGGGGAUGCUCGAGCUGCUCUAACUUACCUAACAUCAAAGGCUGAUGCAGAUCCCAUGUUCUAUUCGAAAUACACCACCUCAGGAGACAAUAGAUUGAAUAAUCUUUUUUGGGCAGAUGGUGUUAGCAGGACAGAUUACCAAUGCUUCGGGGAUGUUCUUGCCUUUGACUCCACUUACGGCUCCACUAAGUAUAAACAUCCACUGGUUAUAUUUUGUGGAACUAACCAUCAUGACCAAACGGUUAUAUUUGGAUGCGCUUUAUUGAUUGAUGAGACUAUUGAGACAUACAAGUGGUUGUUGGAAACUUUUUUGGAAGCAAUGAGUGGGAAACAACCUAAAUCUGUUGUAACCGACGGAGAUCUUUCUAUGAGGGAGGCCAUCAAACAAGUAUUCCCGAACGCAUCGCAUCGACUAUGUGCAUGGCACUUGCACAAGAACGCAAAGGAUCACAGAAUGAGCAAGGAAUUUUUGGAUGACUUUCAGAAAGCACUUUAUUGGCACUUCAGUGUUGAGGAAUUUGAGGAACACUGGAAGAACAUGGUUUCUAAGCACGGCCUACAGAAAGACAAGUGGGUUUUAAGUGUGUAUGAGAAAAAGGAAUCGUGGUGCUCCGCAUAUCUCCGUGAUCAGUUUUUUGCUGGGAUACGGACAACAUCAAUAUGUGAAGCCAUAAAUAGUCGUAUCAAGGUCUAUGUCAAGAGAAGAAUUAGUCUUAUAGACUUCAUGCAAACCAUUCAGCAUGCUUUAAGAGGGUACAGAUUUAAUGAGUUGCGAGCUGAUUACGGUAGUAUUUACACUGAACCUGUUUUGACUACCACUCUGUACAAAUUUGAAAGUGAAGCUGCAAAACUGUACACGCGUGAAAUUUUUAAAGAAGUAAGAAAUCAAAUUGAGCGUGUGGCUCCAUUGAAUUAUAAAGAUAAAACAGCGGAUGGAGAUGAAGUGAGGUACGAAAUGUUCCAUUAUAGGAGGCCAGAAAGAACCAUUGAAGUAGUCUACAACAAGAAAAGUAAUCAAUUUUACUGUCCAUGCCGGCUAUUUGAAUCACGUGGAAUACCAUGUUCACAUAUUUUCAACAGCAUGAAAUAUGAGCUCAUGGAAACCAUUCCUAAAACACUUAUGCUUAGCAGGUGGGGACGGUAUGCAAAAUCUGAAUACUUGUCGGCAACAUCCACCGCUGAGGUGGACAGUUCUGUAAUGAAGACAGCACGAUUUGGGGCUAUAUCUGCUGCGUGCAACGGGCUCUCCGUCUUAGGUUCUGACAAUCCUGGGCUCUUCACUGACAUGAUGAAUGAUAUUUUGAGGUUGACGACGAAGUAUAAGAAUAAGAUACUCAAACAAGGCGGACAUGUCAACGGGACCAACGACAUUCGUGAUCCCAAUAUCGUCAAAUCUAAAGGACACCAACCUGCAACCCUGAAACCAAAGAAGAAUAAAAAGAAUAAGAAACAAGCAAGGUGUUCAAACUGUCAUAAGCUUGGUCACAACGCAAGGACUUGUUCUACCCUCGUUGGUGGAGAAGAUAAUGAUUUGGAGGGUGAUGAGCGAUCCACGCAGGAGGAUGAGGGCAACGUAAAUGACGAUAGCACGGGCCAGCCAACCGAAGCCACGACGCAGCCAAGUAGAUCCAAUUCUAAUGUAAUAAACCAUUUGGUUGGUCGUCGAGGACAUAAAGCCAAGAAACAAAAGACAAAGAACUCGAAUCUCUGUUCAGUUAAUGAAAAGGAAAACCUAACCCCCGCAACUGAUAAAGAUGAAAGUCAGAUGGGCUCACGUGCUUUAUCCCCACAAAAUUCAACAAUGCAACCGCCAACCCAGACAGCUGCUUCUUGUGGUAUAGCUCAUCCCGGAUUUCAUUACGCUGUCCCUCAAUAUCCAACACGGCCACCUAACUUAGCCGUUGGUACGGGUAUGCCAGCCCAGGUCAACUUCCCACAUGGUUAUGGUGGAUGGAUACCAGACCCCAACAUUCAAUAUGCUUAUGGUCAACCCAUAAAUGGUCCUCAAAAUGCUCCUCAAUGCUAUGGUUAUGUUCCGAUAUUGCCCCGAAACUAUCAGAAUCUAUCUGCUUGUCAACCUAUUCAUACUCCUGCUGUUAGAGGACAUAGCCAACACCAAGGCCCCCGUAGCCAAAUGCAACAUGAUGCGGCGAAGAAAAAGGCUGGUACAUAA